AGCAGCCAUAUCAGCUCCGACGACGACAGCUUGGUGGAUACAACAAGGACAGGGAGUCUGAUUAAACAGAUUAAACAGACUACACCAGCCAAAAGAGCGAAUAAAUCCACCAUGAAUUAUCUCAAAUCCAUCACCACUUCGGUACUCCAGUCUACCGGUGUCACGUUCCCAUUUUCAGUUGGCGAACGUAUACCUGGGCUCGAUAGCCAUAGUUCUAUUUGGGAGAUCAGAGAGGGUGUUAAACGUGACGAUGGUACUCCCUUAACAUUGUUCAUCUAUGAUUCGACCCUUCCACUUUUUCAGCCCGGCAGCAAGGACCGUAAAGUGCUGUUCCAACUGGCAAAAAAUGCUCUCAAAAAGCUCCGCACAAUAAGACACCCUGACAUCAUAAAAUAUAUCGACUCUGUAGAAACGGAGACACAUAUUUACAUUGCUACCGAACGCGUGCGCCCACUAGAAGGGGUUUUGAGGGACUGGGAGACUGGAGGUGCUCUUGCGUCAGGCUCUGGUAGGGCGAAAGGCAAAGAGAACUGGAUCGGGUGGGGUGUAAGGAGCCUUUCAUCCGCCCUUGCUUUCCUCAAUUCUCCUCCUCUAUCCCAACAUCAUUCCUAUCUUCUUCCAACCUCCAUCUUCGUCACUCCCUCCCUCGAAUGGCGCCUAGCGGGAUUCGAGCUGCUGACAGGUAAAGAUGAUGCUGGUAUAUUAUGGGGCCUAGGAGGUGUGGCCCCAGGUGAUAUUGGUGAAAGAUGUGCACCUGAAGUCAGAAAGGAUGGAUGGAGUGCUCUAAGAGAAACCGAUCCUGCCCAACACGACACCUACCUUCUUGCCAUCCUUCUCUUUACGUUUUAUAACCCUCAUUCUCCCUUACCGCCCCUUUCGUCACAGCCUACACCUUCUUCUUCCGGCGCACUUCCCAAAGUUCUCUUCCCGUUAUGGAAGCGAAUGCUUAAUCCUAAUCCUCGUACUCGGUUGACUACAAUAUCUUUCAUCGACGAAGCCGAAAAGGCUGGUUUCUGGGCAUCCAACCCGCUUGUCAGCCUCGUCAAUGGUUUGGACAACUUCGAGCUGCAAUCUGAGAGUGACAAACUUUCGUUAUUGCGAAUCAUCAAAGAGGCCAACCAAGCUGGUACACUCCCAGGACCGUUUACCACUUAUAAAAUCCUUCCGUCCCUCCUUCACUCCUUAUCCCUCCCAACCGCACCAUCGUCGGCUAUGCUUCCUCUUGUUCUUGAACUGGGCAAGCUCGUUCCUUCUUCCGAUUAUCCGAAGAUGGUCCUCGAUCCAGUGGUCAGAUUGUAUACCAGUCCUGAUAGGGGUACGAGGAUGGCUUUGUUGGAAGGUUUGAAUGAGUACGUUGACAAGCUGGAUAACAAGACAGUGACAGAGAAGAUUUGGCCAAAUCUUAUCACUGGUUUCGCCGAUACAGUCCCCGUCAUCAGAGAAGCCACCGUCAGAGCGGUCUAUCCGUUGGCCUCUAAGCUUUCUGACCGCAUUCUCAAUAACGACCUCCUCCGGGUCCUCGCCAAGAUGCAAAUGGACACCGAGCCCUCUAUACGAACAAACACAUGCAUCCUUCUCGGCCGCCUCGCGCCCAUAUUGGGCCAUAACACGAAGAAGAAGGUGCUUGUACCAGCCUUUGCGAGAAGUUUGAAGGAUCCUUUUGUACAUGCUAGAGUCGCGGGUUUGAUGGCGCUAAUGGCCAGCGUCGAGUGUUUUGAUAGAGAAGAUUUGGCGGGCAAGGUGGUUCCGAAUAUGAGUUUUACGUUGGUGGACAAGGAAAAAUUGGUGAGAGAUCAGGCAUUCAAGGCUAUGAACAUGUUUGUCUCCAAGUUGACAGAUAUGGUUAAAGACAUGCCGGAAUCUGCCCUACCACCUGAUCAAACCUCCUCGCAAGGUCCUGUCACCACUACUUCUGCUUCGAUCUCAAGCAGCCAGGGAGGAGCCGUCAACAGUGCCGCUGGCGCUGCUGGGGCCCUUGCUGGGUGGGCCAUCUCAAGCUUGGGCAAGCAGCUCAAGACAAGUGAAGCUCAUUCCAGUAUGAACAGCUCUGGCAUGCCUGGGGGCUUUGGUGCUUCUGCCCCCACGAUAAAGUUCAGUACCGAUAGCUCCAAUCCAGCUGCACCAGCUUCUUCACGAGUCAGCGAGGAGAUCUUCAGACCGGCAUCUGCGUCUUCGUCUCUGAAAAGCGCUUCUCCUCGAUCUAGCGCUGUGAACACCUUUGGCCGAACUACCACCAGUUCCAGCUUGUCAGGGACUAAUGGUCGAAUGAAGUUGGGGGGCGCGAAGAAAGCGCCCGGGAAGAGUCUGGCGGAUCAGCUUGCUGGCGAAUGGGAAGAAGAGGAUGGCGGCAACGCUUGGGGGACGGACGACUUGAUUGAUGUUAAUGCUGAUGACGAUGAUUGGUCUGCUUUCGAAUCUGCCCCCGUUCCGGAGGUUGUAGUACCACCGCCGCAACCAUACUAUGUUUCAGCCCCCAAACCCAAACCUACUAGUACAAACAUAACCACUUCUGCCGCUUUUCGCAGUAAACCUACCCUUUCUACUGCAAUUUCCACAACAUCUUCUAUCCCUACCCACGCACCCGAACCUGUCAAGCUUGCUUCCUCUAUUUCUACGCCUCUCAUACCAUCCAGCCCUGCUCUGUCGUCUCUUUCAAGUGCUAAAUCUCCUGUGCUUAUUUCUCAAGCUAAUACGACUGACGCAGAGAGGGGGCAAAUCGACUCAACCCCAGUUAGUGAAAGAAGUUCGCCCCAACUUUCCGUCAAGGCUGGUAAUGGCACAGGGACGCCUCAGCCCAGCCUGGCGAAUAUGAGCAAAGAGGAGAAGGAAAAAGAAAUGGCUAGAAGGAGAGAGGAGAGGAAGGCUAGGAUUGCAGCGAUGAAAGAGCAAAAGAAGAGCAAGGUCUGAACCUAAGGUGGCACCUGUUUUUUUUGUCAGCCAACAUAACGUAUAGUUAAUGUAUGUAGUAGUCGCCUUGAUGAUCAUCACAGGUAUUACUAUAAGAGCGAAAGCAUUCAUAGCGUUUCUGUCCGAAGGGUCCUUACUAAACGACGAUACAAGAGUUAUAGCUGCAGCCUGUGUCUAACGAUCGCUCUCCCCUACAAUAGGAUACGGAAGGUAAUGGUGAUUGCAAUGGAAACAAGGGAAACGUGACUCGUGAAAGGUCUCGGAUGAUCGAUACUGCAAGCUACAAGCGACGGACAGUAGUGGCGGAUCAGGAACACAAAUCAAUGAAAUCUAAAAUGCGGUCUGCAUAAUUAUAUUAUCCAGUGAGAUGGCAAGUUCGAAGGAAAGCUAAAGUUGAGAGAAGGAAAAGAAAAGGGAAGUUAUAGAAACUC